AUGGAUAGUACAUGUGCUCCCCUUUUGCCCAAUGGGCUCGGAGCUGCAACAAAUCUUGGUACAAUCAAGGAGGAAAUAAAAACUAAGGCCGAUGCUAUUGUUGCCUCUACAAUCCCUGACGCAGCUCCCCUCCAGAACUUUCUUGCAUUGACUAGGGCCGGCGAUGUUUUGUAUCAAAGCACAGCCGGGACCAGACAGCUUGGGUCUUCGGAACCUCUCCGAUUCGAUGAUAUGUUUUGGCUGGCCUCUCAUACCAAGAUCCUUGGGGCAAUGGCACUUCUCAAAUGCAUUGACAUGGGUUUGAUUGGGAUUAAUGAUAGCGUUUUGGAUCAUUUACCCGGCUUAGCUAAAGAAGAAGUGCGACUUGAUCCUAAUGACCCGAGCUCGGCUACCCAGCCUCGAGUUGGCGAUAUUACUGUUCGCAAUCUGCUCACUUUUACAGCUGGAAACGCCUAUCCUGUAGUAGAUAUCCUGGCUGCUCUGAAUCCGGAAACGAUUGUUACCGACCCUAAGGCUUUUUUCCCAACUAAUGAAAGCGUUUACGAGGGUUCACAUGCUGCCAACCCGAACCAGAUUUGGCGCUAUGGCGCUGAAGCUGAUUAUAGCGGUCUGCUUGUCGAGGCCCUGACUAAUGUCAGCUUGGGCCAGUUCAUUCGAACCAAUUUGCUAGAUCCUGCAGGGGUAGAAGCAAAGGACUUCGCCUUUACCCUAGAUAGUGAACAAAGAGCUAGGCUCGUGGGCCAACAUGUCAGAGUUAGCCCAGAUAUGCUUAUUCCAAGAGCGCCGAUCUACGACGACGCAAACAUUAAAUUUGAAAGCGCAGGAGCUGGAGGCUUUGGCACUAUCAACGCCCUUGGACUAGCUCUUUUGCCUCUAAUUAAUCAAGGAGUUCAUCCUAAGACAGGUGAAAGAGUUCUGAGUUCCGAGCUCGUAGCUCAGAUGUUUACUCCGCAACUUUCUGGGGAUGAGGUUGAAAACGGCCUUAACCAACCUUCUCAAGCCUCCAAUGACGGCGGGGUUCUAUUCCCAGGAACACCCAAGCAGUGGGGCCUUGGAGCACUGCUUUUUCCAGAAGGAUUUGAGACAGGCCGAGGAAAGUUCACCUUGGCUUGGGCUGGCUUCACCAACGUUAACUGGCACUGCGAUAUAGAGAAGGGAGUAGUCAUGCUAGCCUGGAGCCAGGAAAUUCCGCAAGACGACCCGGUUUAUAAUAACCAGACUCGAUAUCCUAUUGAGAGAGUUAUUUAUGAUGCAAUUGGGAAUUCCUUUUUUUAA